AUGACAACAGUAACAGUGACCACAGAGGUUCCCUCAAGGGGUAAGAGAGAAGACAAUCUUGCCUCGUAUGAGUCCACAUCAGCUCACAUUAUUGAAGAAACCGAAUAUGUGAAAAUGAUUCGAGCUACUCUGGAAAAGAUCCGUAAUCAAAUGUUUAAAGAUGAAACUGGACAGAGCGAUACAAAGCACAAACUAAACGCAAAGUGCUGUCGAAACAUUCAGAAUGGCUCUGACUCUGAAAUGCACCCCUCGUGCUGCAGUCUGGAUCUGCUCAUGGAAAGGAUGAAGGGCAAAGAUUUACAGCUCUUAAAAAUGAACAAAGAGAAUGAAGUACUGAAAAUCAAGUUGGAAGCCUCCAGGGAAGCAGGCGCAGCGGCUCUGAGAAAUGUGGCCCAGAGAUUAUUUGAAAUCUACCAAACACAGUCGGAGGAAGUUAGAAAGCAGCAUGAGGACAGUACACACUUCCUCCAGGUUAACAAACUUGAAAAAGAACAGGAAUUGAAACAACAGGUUGAACAUCUGAAUCAAGUUGCUGAUAAACUUGAAGAAAAGCAUAAUCAAAUUACAGCAUUGGAGAGCCUCGUACAGAGAAUGGAAAAGGAAAAAAGAACACUGCUAGAAAGAAAACUAACUUUGGAAAACAAACUGCUGCAACUCAAAUCCAACACUACACAUGCUAAAAGUGCCCAGGGUCUUCAGAAGGAGAUCUCCCUUCUCCAGGAGCAGAUCUCUCACCUGCAGUUCGUGAUCCACUCCCAACACCAGAGCCUGCGCAGAGUCAUACAGGAGAUGGAAGGCUUAAAAAUUAAUUUAAAAGAACAAGAUAAAAGAAUUGAAAAUUUGAAAGAUAAAGUUAAUGUACUUGAAGCCCAGAAUAAAGAACUAAAAACCAAGGUGGCCCUUUGGUCUGAAACUCGUAGGACAAUGGUAUCUAAGGCUGUGGCUACAAGUGACUUGAAGACUGAAGACUCUACCCCCUACUUGAUGUUGGUUAGGCUACGGAACUGA